UUCCUUGUGGACCACCCCCUGAGGUCUCCAAUGCUGAUCUGUCUAACAGGUUAAACAGUUACCCACAUGGGGAAAGCUAUACUUACACCUGUAAACCUGGAUUUCGGAUCCGUGGACCUGCGUCUGUAGAAUGUUCAGGAGGAAAUUGGUCCCAUCCCCCAGAAUGCACAAAAACAAUUUGUUCUAGCCCACCCAGCUAUGGCAAUGCCAUCCUCGUGGGCCGGUUGAAGAACUCAUACAAGUCAGGAGAACAAGUGGCUUAUCGAUGUCCAGAACAUUACCAGAUGGAUGGACCCAAUGUUGCACAGUGCAGGGACGGCGUAUGGAUAGGAACACCCAAAUGCAAAGAUCUCUCCUGUGGCAGCCCUCCCCCAGUGCAAAAUGCCUUCAUACCAAACCAGAAGCCUAGGUAUCAACAUGGGGAUAUAGCACAUUAUCAGUGCAGGCACCCUUUUGGCCUCUUCGGGAAUCCAGUGGUGACCUGCUUAAGUGGGAAUUGGACAGACCCACCUGAGUGCAAGGAGUCCUCAGGUCAAUGUGGGCCCCCUCCUGUUAUUGACAAUGGAGACAUUACCACGUAUCCAUUAGCAGUCUAUUCUCCCGGGUCUUCAGUGGAGUAUCAAUGCCAGGCCUUCUAUGAACUUGAGGGAAACAGGAGAAUAACGUGCCGUAAUGAACAGUGGUCUGAGCCACCCAAAUGCUUAGAUGCAUGUGUAAUAUCAGAAGCAGAAAUGGAAAAACAUAACAUAGAGUUGAGAUAUUCAUAUGCGAAAAAAAUUUAUUCCAGAACAAAUGAUUUUGUUGAAUUUAGGUGUCGUCGAGGUUACUAUCGUAAAUUGUCACCAGACUAUGCAUUCCGAGUACAAUGUCGAGAAGGAAAAAUGGAGUAUCCCACUUGUACAUAACAUGAGAGUUGUGUGGCAGUUUUCACAUUAAAAUAUGCACCUCAUUCAGAAUGUUUUAAUAUUAAUCUAAUUCUUCUCAAUUUAUUUUUCUAGUAGGCUGUAACUCACUUUUAUUCAUUAAUCACAAUUCCUGUUAAAUGCCAUGUGGGAGAUGUCAUUGUAAUCUGAGACCAACGGAUCACUUCUCAUAAGCAUCUCAUUAAAAUGUGACAAACCAA